CCCGGUCGACGGCAACGUAAUUUCCGGUCUCUUAUUCCCUACGAGUUGAGUACGUCAGAUUAGUGUCCCCGGAGCGAGAAAAUUAAGAACAUGACAAAAAGAAGAUCAACAACGACAAAGAGAAUAAAUACGUCGUUUUGAGAAGUAGAAUUGACGAAACAAUAUCCGAAACAUAUAACAAACGAUCACUGUAUCCAAAGUUUCUCCCUCGUCUCUAAACCGAUGUAACUGAAAGUCCCGCCCUCUCUCUUGCCAAUAACGUUCAUCUGGAGCAUCCCGAUUCAGACGUUUCGUCGUGAGAUGAGAACGCUUGGAACGAGGUACUUCCCUACAGAGAGAUCUGAUCUGUCCCAGAUCGCAUCACCAAAGCCUGCAGGUCGCUUGAGAAGCCCUCUGGCACCAGAAGGUCUGAGCUGUAGCCAUCAGAGUGUCUCAUGGCCGGGGUCCUGGCCUGGUUCUGGAACGAGCGGUUCUGGCUCCCGCACAACGUCACCUGGGCGGACCUGAAGAGCACCGAGGAGGCUUCGUUCCCGCAGGCGGAGGACCUCCUGCUGGCGGCUCCCCUUGCCUUCUGCCUCUUCCUGCUCCGAAUGCUCUUCGAGAGGUUCAUCGCGCGGCCGUGUGCUGUGGGGCUGAGGAUCCAGAGCAGCGGGCCUCAGAGAGCCACGCCCAACGCCAUCCUGGAGAAGGUGUUCACCGCCAUCACCAAGCACCCAGAUGAGAAGCGGCUGGAGGGUCUGUCCAAGCAACUCGACUGGGACGUCCGCAGCAUCCAACGCUGGUUCAGACAGAGACGCAACCAGGAGAAGCCCAGCACUCUGACACGCUUCUGCGAGAGCAUGUGGAGGUUUACGUUCUACCUGUACAUUUUUACCUACGGCCUCCGAUUCUUAAAAAAAACUCCGUGGCUGUGGAACACCAAAGAGUGCUGGGUCAACUACCCAAACCAGCCGCUCACAGCGGACCUCCAGUACUACUACAUCGUGGAGCUGUCCUUCUACCUGUCCCUCCUCUUAUCUCAGUUCACAGACAUGAGGAGGAAGGACUUCCUGCUCAUGCUCCUGCACCACCUCGCCACCAUCUCCCUCAUCUCCUUCUCCUACGUCAACAACAUGGUGCGGGUGGGCACCCUGCUCAUGUGUCUCCACGACGCAGUCGAUGUACUGAUGGAGGCCGCCAAGAUGGCCAACUACGCCAGAUGCCAGACGCUCUGCAACUUCCUGUUCGCCAUGUUCUCAAUGUUCUUCAUCAGCUCCAGGCUGGGGGUCCUUCCCAUCUGGAUAUUAAACACCACUCUAUUUGAGAGCUGGGAGAUGGUGGGUCCCUACCCCUCGUGGUGGCUCUUCAACCUGCUGCUGCUCCUCCUGCAGGCGCUGCACUCCUACUGGUCCUACCUCAUCGUAAAGACCGCCUGCCGGGCGGUCUGCAGGGGCAGGGCGGGAAAAUGGAACCCUUUAAAUGUGUCUAAAGACGACCGCAGCGACAUGGAGACAAGCUCAGACGAGGAGGACGGUCCGAUGGCCAAUCAGAAGCCCCACAGCAGCGCCACCAACGGCACUAACAACAAAACACAUGAGGCCAACGGCUACGGGCCAUGCCCUGAGGAACACCACUGACCACCCCUCACAACCCUAACCAUACCCCUAACCCUAACCCUACCAUACCCCUACUCCUACCCCUAACCAUACCCCUAA